GUCCAGUCAAAUAAAGACUGCGGUAGACUGCACGCGUAUAAAUGAAAUUGAAGACAUUCAAGAGAAGAUUUAAAUAUAUAGUUUAGUUUACACACGAAUGACAAAAAUCUUGCACCUUCAGAUCCAGAAUCAGUUAUUAGAUGAAAACUGCAGCUGUGGGUGGAGACUGGCGGUGUAGGGCAGAAGUCAAGUAUGCGCAAAAACAGUUGAUCAAGUGGUCGCCAGAUUUCAUCACUAACGUAAGAAUGCAAGACAUUACUACAUGUUUAGCGUAUGUGAGUGCAAUACUAUAACAAUAUUUCGAUAUUCAAGUUUAUGUGCAUUGUAGCAUUUUCCAACCAGUUUUCAGAAUUUCAUAGAAAGUGUAUAAUAAGUGUUGUGGUGUAUAACAAUCGUGUCUCUGGUAUGAAAACAGGACCUGACUGACACACCUAAUACAUUUAAAAGCACCUGUCAAAACAGCUGCCACGCUUAUAUUGAGCUAAGAAAUGUUACACGGAGUUGUUUUACAAAGCACCAGCGCGAGCUGCACGGUGACAAACGUAACCGGUCAAAGUUGGCAGUUCUGAGUACUGACGUGUCCUUGGGCGUGCGUUCAGACACGACACCGUAGGAACACGUCUGUGGUUUAGCCUCCCUGCGUCUCUGACGCUACAUCAGACUAAACAUGUCGAGGAACAGUCGAAGGGGCAAAGUUUUGCACCCGAAUAACGGCCGCGCGCUGUCCUCCUGCGAUCCGACGAGAACGUCGCGGAUGCGCGUGCUUGUGAUGUGUCUCUGCGGCGUGCUGACACUGUCUGUCAUUCUCGGACUGUACCUGUCUGCAGAUCCCAGCACCCCUCACCUGCAUCAUGACGCACAUCUAACGAAUGACAGGCUUUCUCAUAAGCCUGCUAAGUACUCUUUGGCACAAAUAGAGAAGUUCGCCGCUCAUGUGAACGGCCAUCGGCUUUGGGAAACUCAUCUGCGGCCUCUACUGAUUGAGCGGGUUCCUGGAACUGCUGGCAGUCAGAUCAUACGCCAGCAUAUCUUGACCCAGCUGGGUUCACUUUCUGCGGGAUGGACACUGGAGGAGAAUUCCUUUGUUUCACGCACCCCAAAGGGUGAUGUGACCUUCACCAAUGUGCUGGCAGUGCUGGACCCCUCAGCUCCUCGCAGGCUGCUUCUAGCGUGCCAUCAUGAUUCUAAAAUCUUACCUCCGGACCGUAAAAACCCACAGCGGGUGUUUGUGGGUGCAAGCGAUUCAGCUGUACCCUGUGCUAUAAUCUUGGAGCUGGCCGCUGCUUUGGACACUCAACUUAAAGCCCUUAAACAGCAGAAGUCUGCUGUGACAUUGCAGCUAGUGUUUUUUGACGGAGAGGAGGCAUUUGAGGAAUGGACCGAUACAGACUCUCUGUAUGGUUCUCGUCACCUGGCUGAACUCAUGGAGCGCACCCCUCAUCCUCAUGGAUCCACCAAAACCACUCUUCUUCAGGCAGUGGAUCUGUUAGUCUUAUUGGAUCUGCUUGGUGGUUUGGAGCCAUUGAUUGUCAGUCACUUUGAUAACACAGCUAGAUGGUUUGACCGGCUGAUCGCUGCAGAGAAGAGACUCCACAAACAGGGCUUGUUGACAUCUCACCCGGUAGAACAAAGAUACUUCAGGAAAGAUUUUUAUCUUGGUCCAGUGCAGGAUGACCAUAUUCCAUUUCUGAACAGGGGUGUUCCUGUGCUGCAUCUGAUCCCCACACCGUUUCCGUUGUUUUGGCACACACUGGACGACACUGAGGAGAAGAUGCACAGACCCACGGUGGAAAACCUUACUAGAAUCCUGGCCAUAUUUGUAGCCGAGUACCUGAGCCUCUAACCACUCAUCCUUCAGCAGACCUUUACCCACAUGACCAUGACUCCCACGGUCACAUGAUCGGAAUGUAGUAAACGUCUUUGAUGCGUAGGAGUUAAUAAUAAUGAGCCAUAAAUCAUAAUGACCAAAGAGACACACAACAAAGUAAUGGUGUGUGUUUAUUUGGAAAGUGAAUGCUACAUCCUACAGAUUAUUUUAUUGCUGAAAAGAGCCAUACGUCAUAAUAGGGCAAAUCCUCAUGUAAUGGCAGCUAUAAAGGAUUCCUAAUUAUAAUGUAAUUUUUAAAGAGGAUGUUGUUGUGGACAUUGUAACAAAAGACUGUUUUAACAAAGUCCAUGUUUUUAACCUCUGGACUGUAGAAACAAAAUUAAUUUGACUUUAAACUCAAACAUAUGACUGUUUUCUUGUAGUUGGAAAAUUAUCUUUGCACUGGAUGUGUGGAUUAAAAGUGACUACAUGUUCAA